GAACCAUAUGGUGAAGUCCAGUUCUUCAUGAUGAGGAUAGGAUCCUCCCUAUGUUUGUGGGUUUGACGAUUCCUGGCCAACUUGAGUACAAGCCUUCUGUAGUGUGGUCCUCCGCAUCAUUACCUCACACCCUCUCUUGCGCUCUUCCUCCUCGUCCGCGCUCCUCUCCUCUCCGCGCUUACCGCGCGACCGCAAUUCGAUGGCGCAAGCGGACGGCGGAGGGCGGGAAGCGGGGUAUGCGGGGCAAGCGCAGAAGCAAGAGGGAGGGGACAUGGGAGAUCCGAGCCUGGAUGAAAGGGUCCCAGCCGAACCUGCCGAUCCCGCGUUUCGCGCGCUGUUUAAGACGCACAAGGAGCAUCUGACGUGGACUCACACGGGCCGCUUGCGGUGCGCGCUGACAGGUCACGAGUUCCUUCCGAACCACGAAUCCCUGAAGCGCCACGUGGCAAGCAGAGUAUUCGCCAAGGCUUCCGCGUCGCGCGCUCUGAAGAAGUUCGAGCCGCACAUUAUUCAGUCGUCGGAUAAUCCCAACAAGCUGUUCUGCACGCUGACCAACAAGCUAAUGCAGAAGUCGGAGGACGCGGUAUGGAAGCACAUGAUGGGCCACAAGUUCCAAAAGUGCCUUGCCAAGAAGGAGGAGGAGGUGGCAGCAAGGAGGGCAGCUAAGAGGGCAGAGAGGCAGGCAGCCAGUCAGUCAGUGAACGGCGGAGAUGGGGUGGGGGGGAAUGCGGGUGAAGGACGGGGGGGAGAGGAAUGGGGGAUGGGAGAGGAGAGAGCAGUGGAGGAGCGAGGAGAGAGGGGAGGAGAGAGGGGAGGAGAGAGGGGAGGAGAGAGGGGAGGAGAGAGGGGAGGAGAGAGGGGAGGAGAGGGAGCAGGCGAGAAUGGAGGGGAGAGUCGUGAGGCAGUGGAGAAUGGGGCGUCAAGACUGCAGGAGGCAGGGAGGGAAGGAGGAGAAGGAAGAGAAGGAGAAGGAGGAGAAGGAGGUCGGAUUGAAAGAGGGCCACUAGAAAUGGAGGAGGAGGAGGAUGGAGAGAGUGACAGAGAGCCGGGUGAGUGCAGCAGUGGUGAGACGGGGGGAGAGGAGAAGGAGUUGGAAGAAGGGGAGGAGGUGGAAGAAGGGGAGGAGGUGGAAGAAGGGGAGGAGGUGGAAGAAGGGGAGGAGGUGGAAGAAGGGGAGGAGGUGGAAGAAGGGGAGGAGGUAGAGGAAGGGGGGGAAGGGGAGGAGGUGGAAGAAGGUGGUAAGGGAGAAGAGGUGGGCGGUGGGGAGGAAUCAAAUGGUACAAUGGAGGAGAGAGGAGAAGGGGAGGAUGUGGAGGAUGUCGAAGACGAAGACGAGGAGGAAAAGGAGGCGGAGUUUUGGAUGCCUCCUGUUGGUGACCGGUGGGAUGGGGAUGCUGGGGGCGACAGAUGGGGCAGCUGGGAAGAAAGAAGAGAAGCGAAAAGGAGUCGAAGAAGGCAAGAGGAGGAGGACAGGGAGGAAGAGGAAGGAGGGGAAGCGGAGGGGAGUGAGGGGGAAGAGGAGUUGAAUAUGGAAGGGGUGAGUGGAGAAUUGCAGGUGGAGGGAGACGAGGAGGAGGAGGAGGGAGAUGAGGAGGAGGAGGAAAGUGAUUUUUGGAUGCCUCCUGCAGGUGACAGGUGGGAUGGGGAUGAUGGGGGCGAGAGGUGGGGCAGCAGAGAAGAGAGGAGGGAAGCGAAAAGGAGACGGAAGCAAAUUCAAGAGGAGGAGGCAGAGGAGGGGGAGGAGACAGUGAAGGGGGGGGACCAGGAGGACGGGGAGGGGUGUGGGGUAGGGGAAGAGGGGGAGGAGGAGGCGGCUGGCAGCAGAGCACAAGGAGCCAGGAGGAAGCGAAGGCGUGGACGUGGGGAAGAAGCGAGGAGGGGCCAGCGAUGAGAGACGGGGGGCCAACGAUGAGAGGCGGGGGGCCAGCGAUGAAAGGCGGGGGGCAAGCGAUGAGAGGCGGGGGGCCAGCGAUGAGAGGCGGGGGGGCAGCGAUGAAAGGCGAGGGGCCAGCGAUGAAAGGCGGGGGGCUAGCGAUGAAAGGCGGGGGGCCAGCAUUCAGCGGCACCGUGGCACCCUGCAGCCCAUGGUGGCCUUCAGUUGCUUCACAUUCACACCCCUCAUGCUGUGGGCUUGGGGAUGGGCUGAGUGAGCGCGAUAUGAUGCACUCUGGUCUGCUGCUUGGGUGAGGGAGGGCUUCUGGUCUGGAUUACCUUGGUCCUUGAGCACUGAAUCUUCAGGGGUUAUUCAGGAGGGGUACAGUAGGUGUGCCACUAUGUCUGCUAGUUGUCACAAAUUUUUUUACAACCUUCUAGCAUUUUUACAUCGAAUUUAUGGUAUUUGGUGGACCUGUUUGCAUGCCUUCAUAGAUGUGUGU